AUAGUGAAAUAUUUCCAGUGAUACCUGAACUGAGCUGCAUGGAACAAGUGUCAGAAGACAGCGUGAAGGAAAAGAGUGACCAAGACAGCAGGAGGAUGGGAGGAGAGGAGACGACAGAUUUGGGCAUCCUGAUGGAGGAGGAUGAUGAGGAGGAGGAGGAUUUUGACUCCAAGCUGGGUUGGACCAUACAGGUGAGGUUGGACUCCGAUGAGAAGACUGAGGACUGGCCUGUGACGGAGGCGGAAAUGGUGCCGACGAAGGAUGGUGAGGUCGAUGGAUGGAUGGAUGGGGAGAAUGUGCAGGGCAGAGAGGAGGACAGGACAGAGGGAACGCUGGAGGUGUGGUUGCGGCCCAUAGAGGAAAACGGAGGUUAUGUCCGGAUCUCUCUGGAGGAGGUGGAGAGAUACUACAGAUUCUUACGUUGCUGCCAUUGGUUGUACAAUGACAUCAUGGAACAGGACAGCAGUCCUCUCUGCGCAGCUGGCAUCACACCUGACCUCAGGAAGCGCUUCGCCUUCCUCUCAGGGGGCAGAGGACAUAACGGCAGCCCCAUCAUUGUGUUCCCAGAAUUCCCUGCCUUUGGAGAGAUCACUGAGAGGGAGUUCCACAACGUGCUAACCUACCUGACCAGUGUACCCAGUCUGUCAGCAACCGGCGUGGGCUUCAUCCUCGUCAUCGAUCGCCGGCAGGACCGAUGGGCAGCUGUCAAGGGGACCCUGCUUCGCAUCGCAGGCUCCUUCCCAGGGAACCUCCAGUUGGUUCUGGUUCUGAGGCCCACCACUCUCUUGCAACGAACCCUGUCAGACAUCCUCUUCAAAUUCAACAAGGAUGAGUUCAAGAUGAAGGUGCCGGUGAUCAUGUUGAGCUCUGUGACGGAGCUCCACUCUUACAUAGACCGCAGCCAGCUGACGCAGGAACUCGGAGGAACUCAAGAGUACUGCCAUGAGAAGUGGAUCUCUCACCGAACUGCCAUCGAGGGUUUUGCAUUGAUGGUGAAGAAAACGGCCCAGACGCUGCAGUCGUUUGGGACUGAGCUGGCUGAAACUGAACUCCCCAAUGACAUCCAGGCCACAACCAGCCUGCUGGGUACACACACCGACAAAAAGGACAAGAUGAAGGAGGACCUUCUGGUGGCUCUUGGCCAGGGCCACAGGCUGUUGGAAAGCAUCAAUGAACCAGUUGUGCGAGAUCCCGACCACAACAUGAACCAGGACGAACUGGAGAACCUGGCCACGGUGCAGAGACUUCUGUCUCAGUUGGACGAGACAGAACGGGCAUUUGAUGAAUUCUGGGUGAGACACCAAACCAAACUAGAACAAUGUCUCCAGCUCCGCCACUUUGAGCACGACUACAGAGAGGUCCGGUCUCAGCUGGACCAGGUCUCUGAGAAACUGGCCACCUUCACCGAGGUGGGAAUCAGCCCAGCCCAUGCCGACCACAUCUUCCGUGAACUGACCAGCUAUGAGGAGAAAGUCUGUGAGGUGCUGGAUAGGGCUUUGGCUCUGGCUGGCGAGGGCGACGAGUUGAUCCAGAACUCUCACUAUGCUGAGGAUUCGAUUCAGCCCAAAUGCAGCGAGCUCAGAGCAGUCAGCGAGGAUCUGAGCAGCACUCUGAGGGCCAAGAAAGACAACCUUCUUAAAGCCAUGGAGCUUCACCAUUAUCUGGAGAGGGCAGCCAAGUGGUGUGAUGAUGGCAUAUACCUGCUGGCAUCGCAGCCAGUGGACAAGUGUCAAUCACACGAGGGGGCGGAGUCUGCUCUGAAGGAAGUGGAGCGCUACCUUGAAUCGGCAGGUCAGAACCGGCUGACGGACCUCAACAUCAUCUGGAGGGAAUAUGAGGCCAUCCUCAACCAGGAGUUCAGGGACCAAGUGGAGAAGGUGUUUCAGAAACAGGCAUCCAUGCAGGAGAUGUUUGAUAAGAGGAGGAUCAGCCUGAAGAAGCUAGCAGCCAAACAGACCAGGCCGGUCCAGUCAGUCGCCCCGAGGCCUGAAGCCUUUAUCAAGUCGCCCCUCACCUCGCCCGCCCACAGAGCCCAGCAGGGGAAAAACUCCUCGGAUGUGGACUCUGAAAAUGAUGUCAGCUGCAAGAAAGGAGACGGCCAUUUGCAGAAUGGAGGAAACAGCAGCAGACCUGUCUCUCUGUCCGAGGAGGAGGAGAACCUGGCUGUACUCAGGAGACAUGUUAUGAAUGAGCUGCUGGAAACGGAGCGAGCGUAUGUGGAGGAGCUGCUCUGUGUACUGCAGGGUUACGCCUCCGAGAUGGACAACCCAGCCAUGGUUCACCUCAUCCCACUUCCCUUACAAAACAAGAAGGAGGUCCUGUUUGGCAACAUGCCAGAGAUCUAUCACUUCCACAAGAGGACCUUUCUGAGGGAACUGGAGCAGUACACAGACUGCCCUGAGUUGGUUGGAAGGUGUUUUCUAGAGAGGAUGACCGAUCUACAGAUCUAUGAGAAAUACUGCCACAACAAACCGCGCUCAGAAAGUCUCUGGAGGCAAUGCUCUGACUGUGCCUUCUUCCAGGAGUGUCAGAAAAAGCUGGAACAUAAACUGGGCUUGGAUUCUUAUCUGCUGAAGCCUGUUCAAAGAAUUACAAAGUACCAGCUGCUGCUAAAGGAACUUCUGAAGUACAGUAAGGGCUGUGAUGGGACUGAUGACCUGCAGGAGGCGCUGUCCUCCAUAUUGGGCAUCCUCAAGGCCGUCAACGACUCAAUGCACCUCAUUGCCAUCACAGGAUACGAGGGUAACCUGAGUGAGCUGGGCAGGUUGCUGAUGCAGGGGUCAUUCAGCGUGUGGACAGAACAUAAGAAAGGUCACGCCAAGGUCAAGGACCUGGCCCGCUUCAAACCCAUGCAGAGGCAUCUGUUCCUGCACGAGAAGGCCUUGCUGUUCUGCAAGAGGAGGGAGGAGAACGGAGAGGGCUACGAGAAGGCCCCAUCUUACAGCUUCAAACAGUCUCUAAGCAUGAGCGCUGUCGGUAUAACCGAGAAUGCGAAAGGCGAUAAUAAGAAGUUUGAAAUUUGGUGCAACUCUCGAGAGGAGGUGUACAUUGUUCAGGCGCCAACGACUGAAGUGAAAACCACUUGGGUCAAUGAGAUAAGGAAGGUUCUGACAACCCAGUUGGAGGCAUACAGAGAAGCCAGCCAGCAGAGGGCGACAGAACAGGUGUUCCAGUUCCCUCCUAUGUCAGGAUCUGUCAGCCUCAGUCCAUUCAAGAGUGGCCAGAGGAGCUUGAAAAGGGGAGAGGAGAAGAAGGCUGAGCCCUGCAGCCCUGAUGCCAACUCCUCUUCCUCUCCAAAGCCCACAGGAAAAGACGAGACGGUGACCAGCCCCACCUCAGACAGAGCUGCUGUGGCUAAAAAACGCUUUACUUUGCAGGGCCUCAGUAGCCUGAAAACCCAGAAAGAGCCCUCAUGUACUGAUGAUAAAAGCUUAACAUUACCCGUGACCUUCCUACCUUCAGCAGGCUCUCCCACAAGCCCCGAUCACAAGACCAAACGCCACGAGAUAAAGAGCGAUCCAACACCAUUUGGCUUUAAAGACACAGGUUCUCCUCCACCUCACCUGGGCACAGUCAGGUGGUUCAGCACCUCUAGUCUCUUACAGGCCAAGAGAAGAGGCUGGACCAAGGCCACCUUGUCUCUGGACGCCUCGGAGGAGAACGAUGGUUACUCCAGUGCUGAGGACCCUCUCAACUCUGAUCCAGAGGAUGAGGGCAGAAAGAAGCUCUGUGCUGGGAAAUACACGGUGGUGUCCGACUAUGAGAGGGGCGGUGCCCAAGAGCUGUCGGUCAAGAGUGGAGACACGGUGCAGCUGGGCAAGGAAGGAGAUGAUGGACAAUGGUUUGUGCGCAACCUGAGGACCGGUAAGGAGGGCUGGGUGGCUGCUGCCAAUCUUCUCACCAUGAUUCGAGAGUCCAAGUCCUGUCAGUCUCUCACCAGCUCAGAGGGCAGUGGCUCCGGUAAUCUCAGCACCUCCUCGAGUUGCAGUGAGACCUACACAAGCUUCUCCGACAUCAAACCCUGAAGCCCCUCCUUACACACACACACACACACACACACACACACACACACACCUGAGCCAUGGAGUAAGUCAGACUAGCGGUCACCUCCGGCAAACUUCAUCACACUUCAUCAAAAUUACCCCAACUGAGGAGGGCACAUGCAAGUGAAUGCCGCCAUCAGGGGUAGAAACACUUCUUCUCCGAUUUCAACUGAAAACUCUCCUUCGUCGUGGCCCAUGACGUGACGGUGCUUGUUCAAGAUUUGAAUAUGGUGUCCUUGUGUGGUGACCCAGAAGAGUGACUCAGUGUGUAUCAUGUCCAAGCCUGAUCACGGACCAUAAGUUAUGAUAUGGAUUCAUUUUUUUUAGAUUCAUGUUUGACUUCUAGCAGUUUACCAAUAGCAAAGAGGAGAAUGAUGUGACCGCACGGACGUGUGAGGGGGCCAGAAGGACUGAUCUCCGUUUGUGCACCCGUCUGGAUUCACGGUAAAACAAAGCAAGAGGCUCCAAUUCGGGAUGAUUUGUGUCAAGGUUGCGCUUCACCUUUUGAUAAGCUUGGUGUCCAUCUGUAACAGCCCCAUUUCACUGUGUGCAGGUGUAAAUAGAAAAUGAAAGAGUGGAGACGUGGAAUCGUGGGAUGUUUCGCUUUCAUGAAUGUCGCUCUGAGAGUGCUGCGCAUCGCCGGUUCGUCUGCUGGGUUUGUUCCCCUGGAGGCAGUUAUUUAUUUGUAUGCAAAUGUGAAAAAAGAGGAAUAGCAGAUUUCUUCUUACGUCAUCUCCUCUGUCAGACCCUGUCUCUCUCUCUCUCUCUCUUCCCUCUACAUAGCUCAGUGUUAACCACUGUCUGUCUGUAGAAAUGUGUCUGUGUCCCCACAGCAGCUGCUUGGCACAUUCUGUGUGUGAACGUUUGAUGGACUCGUUGUUUUACACUACGCGAGUCUGUACGUAUGUUACAAUAUGAAAUGUCUGCUAAUGUGAAUAAACAGAUCAGUGUAUAGAGCUAACUUAUUUCCUGUCAAGGGAUCAUACUCAGAAUGUAGAUAUUGUUUAUUUCUGUCCGUGAUAAAGAUGUUAAAUAUCUCAGAUGCUAUAUUGUACAUUGAGUACGGUACUGUCACUGAUGUGUGACUUGUCUAUGGGUUUUUCUACAUAAAG